GGGCUGGGCGCAGCCCGGCCGCCAGAGGCAGUGGCGGCAGCGGGCGGUGCGGGUGGCAUGGCGGUCGGCGCUGCGCUCGCCUCCCCGCGCUGAGGGCGGCGGGGCCGAGCGGCUCGGAGCGUAGCGGGGGCCCCGGCGGUGGUGUUGGCAGGCUGCUGUCACCUCUCCGCCCGGCGAUGGGGAAUGGACUCUCGGACCAGACGCCGCUGCUGUCCAGCCUGCCGUCCUUCCAGUGCUUCCACAUCGUCAUCCUGGGGCUGGACUCCGCCGGGAAGACCACGGUGCUCUACCGGCUGCAGUUCAAUGAGUUCGUCAACACCGUGCCCACCAAAGGAUUUAACACGGAGAAAAUCAAAGUGACGCUGGGCAACUCGAAGACGGUCACUUUCCACUUCUGGGAUGUGGGCGGCCAGGAGAAAUUGAGGCCGCUGUGGAAGUCGUACACGAGGUGCACGGAUGGCAUCGUGUUUGUGGUGGACUCCGUCGAUGUCGAGAGAAUGGAGGAGGCCAAAACGGAACUUCACAAAAUCACUAGGAUAUCGGAAAAUCAAGGAGUGCCUGUCCUUAUAGUUGCUAACAAGCAGGACUUGAGGAACUCUCUCUCGCUUUCUGAAAUCGAGAAGAUGUUAGCGAUGAGCGAGCUGAGUUCUUCGACCCCCUGGCAUUUGCAGCCUACUUGUGCAAUCAUUGGAGAUGGACUCAAAGAGGGACUGGAAAAACUAUAUGAUAUGAUAAUUAAGCGAAGGAAAAUGUUGAGGCAGCAGAAAAAGAAGAGAUGAGUUCUAUUUUGUCCUUUCUCUUUUAGAGUAGUUACACGGUCAAAAUUUGACAUGAGACAGCUUCCAAACCCGGGCCUGCUCGUUUGGAUGCCGUUAAGCUUAGUUACGUUAAACAAUCAGUUGCACAACCUUGCCUCGUGGAAGGCUGUGCAGUCAUGGAACUUAUUUUUUUUUUAAAUAGUCUCUUCUGAGUUUAUGGCUCUGCAUUAUUUCAGAAGCCCAAAUAGAUGAUGUAAUACUAUCAGGAAAUGGAUGGAUGGGUGGGUAUAUGUGACAUGGACGUCUAAAUAGCCAAAUAAAACGAGGGUUUUCUGCGUAGUGUUGUAUUCAUAUGUUUGAGGGUGCCCUCUGCAAGCAAUUUGCAUUGAAGGUGUUCUGUGUUUUUAAACUUCUAAUGCUCGUAAGUGGAGUGUUUAGGUGAACAUUAUACAGCUUUAAAAACAUGUAUGAAGUUAUUUCAAGAGGCUGUUUUUUUAUCUUGUUUGGGAAUUUCUAUGAAAGCUUGGCUACGUGUGUAUUUUUUUUUUAAUUUGGCACUUUUUGAAAUUGAAUCAUGUUCAAUUCAAAUACUUGAAACUUAAGUGCUGUGGAUUUUUCAACUGAUUUGAAAGAGUUUUUUGACAAGUAAAAAAUGUAAACAGCACGAUGGAGCAUGGAAAAGUGGUUUCCCAACAUAUAGCAUGUUUUUGGUAUGUAAGUUUUUUUUAUUUUUAUAGAAGUAACCAUUCAUCCGUAUACAUGCACAUUAAAUCAGGUUUAAGCUAUUACUCAAAAUUAGUCAUCUGUUUUUGAAUGAUGAGUAUUACAUCCUCAUGCUAUCAAAUUAUAAGUAAAUUAAUUGCAGUAAAAGAGGUAUAAAGAACGACUUUGGCUGUUGUGGUUCUAACCAAUGCAGCAUUGUUCGCUCUAUUGGUGACUUUUUUUGGCAAUAAAACUGAAAUCGUAAUGAAGUAAAGAUGGAGUUAAACUUAGCAGAGCACAUCUUGUAUCUCCCCUAAAUACCCCCAUUUUAUUAAAGUGGUAUUGCUAUGUCACUUUCAA